AUGGGGGCAUCAGCAGGCCGCAUGGACCCCAGCAGCGAGCCCACCACCCCGUCGGCGUCGUCGGUCUCGACCGUGACGACUGGCGAACCCAGCGAUCCACCCAGCCAGCUGCCUUCCAGCCGCAACUCCCCCUUCUCCGAUGACCCUUCCUUCCCCAGCACCAAGCACAAGCGGCUAUCCUACGAGACACCAAGAGAUGGGCAGCGCGUCACGUUAAUGGACAUGCCGGAGGAGAUCCUGAUGGAGAUCAUCAUGAACCUCGACGCCGACUCGCUGUCCAAGUGCUACAGAGUAUGCAAGCACAUCCACUCCUUCAUGUCGAACUCGUCGGCGGUCUCGCUGCGCCAUGCGCUGCUUGCAAACUCGCUCCGCCUGAACCCGAACGCCCUCAAGGCGCGACCCGACAUGCCGCACCAAGUGCCCAAGUCGUCCGUGAGCCUGUUGAACCAGCUGAGAGAGCGCCUGACGCGGCUGCACAAUCUGUCUCCGUCGACUGAGAAGCUUGUGCCGUUCCGAGAAGCCGAGGGGCGGCUGUACGAGUACCUCGAGGGCGUGCUCCUGCGAUCGCCCGUGGAUUUAACGCUUGGCGGGCAACAUGCCACGUACAGCCGCGACCUGGCCGUGUACGACUUCCGCAAGCCGGACGAGUGGGAGGAGAUGACGGUCGACGGAAGCGUGCAUGAUGAAGACGUUGAUGAGGUCGUCGAGGAGACCGAGGAGUCGGACCUCGACAGCGUGCGCACACAUUACAAGUCGUCCUUCGUCAUCCACGAGCUCGCCGUUGACCCUGGACAGGACCUGCUGCUCCUGGCUACAUCGGACGAUCAUGUACUGCAUGGAGAUUCACCUUCUGAGCCUGUCGACUUUCAAGCCGCAUCCUCUCGCCGAGACGCCCGUGCUCAACUUCCAUCCGACACGGUGGCAGACGACGUCAAACCUCGAGUUCCAGAUCUGCGACGACGCGCUGUUCGUGCUUCGCAAGCAGACGGUGCGGGACGUGGCGAUGCCUCGCGUGCACGUGCGGAUCCCGGACCAGCUCAUCGGGUGGAAUUGGAAGACGGGGCGCAUGUGCAGCGAGCUGACGAGCGCGGCGAAGCAGGAGCUCGUGUCUUUCCAGCUGCUGACCCCGACGUCGUUCAUCGUCACGGCCUAUCGGCCGGUGGCGGAGGUGGACGACGCACACGACCUCGACUUCUCGCACCACCUCGACCUACGUUUGACCUGCCGCGCUUCACGACCGACUUGCGGAACAACAUUCUCCCGCCCCAGAUGAGUGUGCGCGUCGAGCCUCCCCCACGCCAGUCCUUCCCAGAGUACCCCUUGCAUGCGCCGCCGCCCUUCGUCCCGGAUCCUGCUACGGGCGUGGUACUGGUGUCGGUGCGGCAGCAGCUGCUCAACGUCGAGGAGCCAGACGACAUUGACGUGCUGCACUUCAUGUUUGUGUUCCCGAAGCCGCUGCUGAUCUCCUACCUCCCUAACGUGGAGGACCUCGACGAGCGCCUGGCACGGAAUACCUUCAUCCCGCCCGCCGCAGUCACGGUCAGCGAGAAGCAGCUCGAGGAGCUCUGGGCCGACGUCCCGCGCACCGUGACGUGGGACGAGCUCGCGCCGCAUGUGCGUGCCCUGGGCCCGAAGCACCCGCAGGCCGAAUGGGUGUGCUACGUGUACCAGAACCGCUACGUAACGGUGGAGGAGGUGCUCUUCGGCCCCGAAGAGGACUCGGGCAGCGAGGACGGGCACGUGCUCGUGCCCCACCUGUGCUGCUACGACUUUGACCGCCGGCGCGUGCAGCACGAGAUCAACAAGCGGCUCGACCUGCUCGCCUCGGAAGGGAAACUGACAGGCGACUCGGUGACGGAUCUCGACGCAGUCGAGGGAGACUGGGACGGCAUCCAGCUCGUCUUGGCCGCAGACGAGCACGAGAAGAGCCUCCCGCUCGAUGACGCGGUGACGUGCGGACAGGAAUUCCCGUAUCUCAUCACGCGCAAGGAGUGCGAGGAGGACACGAUCCCGCUCAUCGACGCCGAGCGCAUCCUCACUGUCUGCCGGCCGGACAUUUGGAGUGAAGACAACGACUUUGGAACGAAUCAUGGGAGUAUCAAGGUUAUGAACUUCUAG